AGGGAAGGCGACGGCCAGGCAGGCGCAUCAAUGACAGGGACAGCAUCUAAACCCUCACCGCUCGACCUGUUUCAUGUUUGUGGCUCCAGGCAGCGGACAACGACCUGUUUGUGAUCCGAGCUGAGGAUGUGGGAACAGGUGUGGACCUCCUGGUUCUCCCGCUGCCUCGUACUUAUCACCAUCACCGCUCACACAUCAUCAUCCGCGUCAGCCCACGGAGACCUGCGACCGUGCGACAAGACAGACUACUACUACAAGUACACAGAGUGUGACAGCACAGGGUCCCGAUGGAGGGUCGCCAUCCCCCUCAGUCCAGGCUCCUGCUCAGACCUUCCACCCCCAACCAGAGGAACAGACUGCUCCUUCUCCUGUCCAGCCGGGAUGUUUUUGGAGAUGUCCACGCAGCAGUGCACACCAUGUGUGGCUGGUUCUUACUCUCUGGGCAGUGGUCUACGGUUUGACCAAUGGGAUGCCAUCCCUGCAGGCUUUACCAGCCUGGCCAGCUUUCUGGAUCCUGGGCCGAAUGGAGAGGACAUUCAGGCCUGCAACAGCUCAUCAUGGACGCCACAGGGUGUGUACCUGGAGUCAAACCGUGAUGAGUGCACAGUGUCUCUGGUUUAUGCGGUCCAUCUGGAGAAGCAGGGAUCCGUCUCCUUCAUCUACCAGUACCCUGACAACAACAUUUUCUUUGAGUUCUAUGUCCAGAAUGAGCAGUGCCAGGAAAUGGCCCAGACUGAUGAUCAGAAGUGGAUUACAGUCACCAAUGGAGAAUGGAAGACGCAUACAGUGAGCCUGAAGUCAGGUACAAACAUCCUGUACUGGAGAACAACUGGGAUACUGGUGGGAGGGAAGAUGGUCAAACCUGUCCUGCUCAAAAACAUCCAAAUAGAAGGUGUUGCCUACACAUCGGAGUGCUUUCCCUGCCGACCCGGUUGGUUCAGCCCGAUGCCCGGCUCCUCAUCCUGCGAGCCAUGCCCCAGCAACACUUACUCUGUGAAGGGAGCGUCCUCCUGUACACCAUGCCCUGAACACUACUAUUCACAUGAGGGAUGGGCAGAAUGUAAGGUGAGGCCACCAUGCUCAGAGAGGGAUUACUUCCAGAUCCACACAGCCUGCGACAGCGAGGGGAAGACGCAGGUGAUGUAUCGUUGGGUGGAGCCAAAGAUUUGUGUGGAGAAUGUCACUGGGGCUGUAGAGCUGCCUGCAACAGGGCAGAAAGAGCCCUGCCCUCCCUGCAACCCCGGCUACUACAACAGCAUCGACUCCACCUGUCUACCCUGCCCACUUGGAACCCACUCAGACGGCACCUAUGCCUGUGCUGAGUGCCCUGCAGGUACAGAGCCAGUGUUGGGCUACGAGUACAAAUGGUGGAACGUGUUGCCAUCCAACAUGAAGACGUCCUGUUUCAAUGUGGGUAACUCCAAAUGUGACGACAUGAACGGAUGGGAGGUUGCAGGAGACCACAUUCGCAGCGGGGCUGGCACUUCAGACAAUGACUAUCUCAUCCUCAACUUGCAUGUGCCUGGAUUCAAGGUCCCAGCAUCACUUUCAGGGAUGACCGGUGGUGAGUUUGGCCGGAUAACCUUCGUGUUCGAGACCAUCUGCUCUGCCGACUGUGAGCUCUACUUCAUGAUGGAUGUGAACAGGAAAAGCACAACAGUGGUGGAGUCGUGGGAGGGCAGUAAGGGUAAACAGUCGUUCUCGCACAGCAUGACCAGAAACGCUUCUGCCACAUUCACAUGGGCCUUUCAGAGGACUAACCAUGCUCUAGAUGUUCGUCGCUAUGUCAGUGACAUGGUAAAGAUUUACUCCAUCAGUGUGACAAACGUUCUGGAUGGGGUGGCAUCAGCAUGUCGGGCUUGCGCUCUGGUACCCCAGAACUCCCAGCGGGCCGGCUCCUCCUGCGUUCCCUGCCCAGCUGGUUUUUACAUUGACAGAGACACCAACCGAUGCCAGGAGUGUCCACCCAACACACACCUGGCUGGGCGACACACCUACGGCCAGGACGCGUGUAUUGGCUGCGGACCUGGAAGUAUCAGCAACAAGGAACAUUCCCGCUGCUAUAGCGACUGCUCAUUCACCCACACUGAGAACAACCGUACGCUGGUGUUUGAUCUCAGCCCCAUGAGCGACGUGGCCUCGCUGACGAUCGGGCCGAGCUUCACCUCUAAAGGAACAAAAUACCUUCACCUGUUCAACAUCAGUCUGUGUGGCCAUGAGGGGAAAAGAGCGGCCAUCUGCACUGAUAACGUCACCGACGUGUCCAGCAAAGAUGACCACAGCGACUUGGCACAGUUUGUAAACACUGUGGACAGUUUUAUUUGUCAAUCAACCAUCAUCCCAUCCGAUGGGCGGGGCUUCAGGUUGGCCAUUUCCUCCCAGUCCAUCAGCCUCGCAGACACUUUUAUGGGAGCAACAGUGGACACUGUUCUUAAUGGCGUGAAUGCUAAACCAGAACUUUUUCCAGAAAAUUUAAAGGCUGUUCCAGAUAUCAAUUUCUUCUACAGGUCAACACAGGCCACCGCCUCAUGUGAUCAAGGUCGGAGUGCAGUGAUUACAGUUCGCUGUGACCCAGAGAAACCUGAAAGAGGAGAGCUGUCUGUGCCCAUCACUUGUCCUGCUGGAACAUGUGAUGGAUGCACGUUUCAUUUCCUGUGGGAAAGUGCUAGCGCCUGUCCACGCUGCACCGAGGAUGACUACCACCAGAUAGAGGGAGCAUGCAAGAGAGGCGUCCAGGAAACGCUGUAUGUGUGGAACGAGCCAAAGUUGUGCACCAAAGGCGUGUCGUUGCCUCCUCGAAGCUCCUCCCACUGCGAGGCCAUCGCUCUGUGGCUGAAGGUCGGGCUCGGAGGCGGGGCUUUUGUGGCCGUGCUGCUCGUCUCCCUCACCUGCUAUUUCUGGAAGAAAAACAAGAGGUUGGAGUACAAGUACUCCCGUUUGGUGAUGUCUGCCAACAAGGAGUGUGAGCUGCCAGCUGCAGACAGCUGUGGCCUGGCUGAAGGAGAGGAGCCUGAUGAUGACGUGGUCUACACCCAAAAACCUUCCUUGCUGGGGAAACUCCGAGCUAUCGCUAACAAGCAUGAGGACGGAGAAAGCAGCGAGUCCGUGCAGCUGAACUCCUCUCAGUCGGAUCGAUGGGUUUUGGGAUAAGCUUAAAUAAACGAGUCAGCAAGUUUACGUAACAGAAGAACGGCAUGUCAGUGAUGGUGCCACUUCCUUCCACCUCUUUUCAUACUGGAGGGCCCACUACAGACACCAGUUUGAGGACUUUCUUGACAACGGACAAUGGCUUUUACUCCUCAACCCAAAAAUAAACAGGAAACAAAACAGUAAUUUUGCACCACAGAUGAAAGAAACUGAAAGAAAAACAUGCUUUUAAUGUUUUUUGUAUGUUUUGUAUUUUAUUUUAUUUUAUUUUUUGUUUUGUUUUGCGGUUUUUUUCUGUUCCGAGUUCCGUAUUUAUAUCAAUGUUAUGAUGAAGACCUUUAUUAAAUCUUUGUUUGGCUUUGGGAUUUUCUGUGCUUUAAUUUCACAUUUAAAGUUCAUAUAUAAGUUUUAAUCAUAAAGCAGAUAUGUGGCCACAUCAACCAGCUCUUUUUAAUUCCAUGAGUCUCCAACAGUAUUUCUGCCUGAUAACGGUUUUCCAUGUGUUAUUACAUGUGCCAGCUAAUUAUUUUAGAGAAUAACUGUAUCAAUGCAGCCAACUUUAUAUUCAAUUAGAGUGCCUCAAAUUCACAAACAAAACUUAUGUUAAUUGAUUUACCAAACCAGGUGGUGUACAGUAAAUCAGAACAGCCUACAGUGCCUGAUUUUUAAAUUUAGCUGUUUUUGCAAUGAUCCCAUAAUGUUUUUUUUAUUCACUGUUUUUUGUUGUUUUGUUUUAUUUGCUACUCUAUGAUAUUUAUCAUUUGUAAGUAUAUAAAAAGGUCACCUUAACUCAAAAUUGGUACUUUUAUUGGUAUGAACAGAAGGAAUAAGUACAUAGAAUACUUUUGCCUUCAUUUGAUUUUGGAGGCAAUACUAGGUUUAAUUUACACAGACAUGGAUACAAAUCCCAAAGAUUCCACUUUUCUGAUUUGAAAAUCCUUCUAUAUCAACAGAAUAAACAAAAUCAUUUGUCCUAUUUAGACUUACUGUAAAAAAUAUUAAUAAUAAUAUUAUUCCGUACCAAUGUUAGCACUCAAAUUUUCUCUUUAACAAAAAGCUUGUUUUGAUAAGGAAUAAAGUCAUUUUAAAAUCACCUCUAUUUUCUAAUAAAAGGUACCCUGUGACUGAUCUGGUUAUAUGGUUAGCUGUGCUAGUUGGAGCUAGUUAUAAAAUCUCAGAAGUUGUGACAUGACUAAUAUGUGAAUAAAGCAAAUUAACACCCUG